AUGGAAGUUGAUGGAUGUACAAUAGAAGAAAUUUCGAAGGCUGUUGACGUUGGGAGUUUUGAAUUUCGUCAAAUGGUUGGUAGAUUGGCGAGUGCUUUUGGACUUGUUCAGCAUCCUGAUCCUCUUAUUACACUUAAAGCUAUUGAGGCGCGAAUGUCAGCAAUUAAUGAACAAAAGAUACAUUUGGAUGAACUUAAGAAAAAUCCACAUCAAAUAAAUCCUUUGAACACCGUUCCAUUAGGAACUGAAACAACUAAUUCACAAAAAGUGGAUGAUGGUGUUCGUUUACUUCGAUUAUUACAUGGCGCUAGAAUUAGAGAAUUACAAACAAAAAUUAAUGAAUUAAUGGCUGAUGUUCAAAAAGUAACUGCAAGUCCUCGUUGUGAUUUGAGUCUUGGACGUGAGAAUUUCUUUGAUGGAUAUGAUGAACGUUUAGAGACGCAUAUUUUGGAUGAAGAUAAAUUACUUGAUCAUUUACAGGAGCGAUUAGAUUCUGAAGAGGGUGGUUACAUAUUAGACUAUCAUUCUUCAGAACUUUUUCCUAAACGUUGGUUUGAUUUUAUUUUUGUUUUACGAUGUGAUACUCAACAACUUUUUGAUCGACUAACUGACAGAGGUUAUUCUGACGUAAAAAGAAGAGAAAAUAUUGAAUGUGAAAUUUUUGGAACUAUUGCUGAGGAGACACGGGAAAGUUAUGAUAAAGAUAUUAUUUUUGAAUUAAAUAAUACUGAAAAAGAAGAUUUGGGAAAAAAUAUUUUAGAAAUUACAAAAAUUGUUGGAAAAUAUAUUUAA